UGGUGCGUUGGCGCUGCAUGCAACAGAAUCAAGAGUUGUUCUGCAAGUUGAGAGAAAGUCAACUUACUGUGUUUUGCACAGAGAUACGUAGAGAUUUACAUUUCUUUAUUUUUUGCUGUGUGAUUAUCACUGAAGGGGACCAUGGUUAUGUUGAAGAUCUCCUCUCUCCUUGUUGCCUACGCCCUGGUCAUUUGCCAGAUGUACUGCUCACAAGCCGCUCCCGCCAGACCGGGUUUAGAGUCCAUGUCAGACCGAGUCACGCUCACGGACUAUGAGGCGCGAAGGUUACUCAACGCCAUCGUGAAGGAGUUUGUGCAGAUGACAGCAGAGGAGCUGGAGCAGCAGGCAACUGAGGGAAACAGCGUUACAGCACAGAAGCGAGCCUGCAACACCGCAACCUGUGUGACUCACCGCCUGGCGGACUUCCUCAGCAGGUCGGGUGGAAUGGGCAACAGCAACUUCGUCCCCACCAACGUUGGCGCCAAGGCCUUCGGCAGGCGGAGGAGAAGUGUCCAGAUGUGAGCACUCCAAAACCUUCAGGGAAACGAGGUUGAAAAAAAAGAAAACAUCAGAAAAAACCUGAGAACAAAAACCAACAGAAACAAACUCGAGCAGAAAAUAAACACUGAACUGGCCCUUUAUCCACUCUCUCAUGUUCUUAUGGAAAAAAAGACGUCACAAGACCUCUCGUCCCCAUUUCCAUCCUGUUAGUGAAACCUUUUGCUUUUGGCAAAUAAGAGAAAAAAAAAGAGAAAAAAAGCACUUUAGUUUAUGUACAUGAACAAAUGAACUCCUGAAGAAAAAAAAAAUAUCCGAAUGGUUCCUCUUUUUUAUACAUGACUAUCAUUGGAAAAUAAAAUGAAAGCAGCAGUGGUUAUCAUCUUAUUUUUUCCUCCAUUCACCUCGUUAGAGCACAUUUCUUCCACGUGAUGCUUCCCAUUCGAGAUCCAUACUCCUGCAUUUUCCACAUCCCCAUUUCCUCCCAAGGGUACCCCGUUUUUCUGUGUGCCAGAGGGACGCCAUUAAAGAUCAGCCUACCCAAGGCCCCCCCCGCAACGGCUGUUGUCUUGUGCCUUGAUGUAGAACAUUUUUCAUGAACAUGAUUGUACAGUUCUGUUUCGAGUUGAUAACGAAGACCCGAGCGAGGAUGGAGAGAAUGAAGACGUAUUAAUAUUGUAAACAAUAUUGUGAAAACAAAUUUCAGCAAGAUUAAAAUGUAUUUUAGAUACACUCGGGUUUGGGGUACUUGUGUUGUUCUUCAAGGGUUUUUAAGCAUUUAGUUGUAAAAAGACACUGAGAGAUUUAGAGGUCGAAAAGCUUAUAUUUGUACAUUAAUUGUUGGAAUAUUGAUUUAACAUUGCCCAUAAAUUAUAAAUGAUAAAUCUUAAGUAGAACCUCACAGGAAUAGAGUGAUCUGUAAUUCUCUGGUUAGAAAUUUGAUAAUAUUUCCCACUGACAGAUACACACUCACAUCGGGAAAAUUUGUAGCACACAUCUAUAAUUUGGCAAAAUGAAAUCCACAGUCAUGCACGCUACUGUUGCACAGUUUGGGUCACUUUGUAUGCAGCGAGAUUCAUUGGGAGUCUUUUC